AUGCCUGCCCUCAAGACUCUUCUGGCCACUGGCCUUGUUGGAGUUGCCUCAGCGGCGCUCAACCCCAGCUGUGCUCCCGGCGGCAACUUUGACCUUUCCAAAUGGUCCCUGCAGCUUCCCAUUGGCUCUACGGGCAGCCCAACCACGAUUUCCGCUUCCCAGCUCUCAGGCUGUGGGGGCUACCAAGAUCCCGGCCACAAAUACUUCUUCACUGAGAGUGGCGACGGCGCCUUGGUCAUGAAAGUCCCUGGAGCACCCUCAAACACCGGCUGCGUCACAACACCAAACAGCCAGCACUGCCGCACGGAGCUGCGCGAAAGCAGCCCCAGCAGCUGGGACCCCAAUGCCAGCAACAACAAAUUGACGGUGUCGCUCGCUGUGGAACAGCCAGACAACUCAGGCUAUGGCACUGUUGUCGGCCAGAUCCACAUCGCAGACAACGUUAGCACCAAGCCAGUGUGCGAGCUGUACUACAACACCAACGGCGACCUGACCAUGGGCGUGGAACAAACUCGCUCUGGCGGCAACGAAGUCAUGACCAAGGUCGGCAAUGUUCCCGUUGGCCAGCAAUUCACCUACACAAUCAGCUACUCUAGCAACGUCCUCAGUGUCAGCAUCAAUGGCGCUGCAGCCAAGACUCUCAGCACCUACUCUCUUGGUGCGCCCUCCAGCUACUUCAAGGUUGGAAACUACAACCAGGGCUCAAGCGCUUCUGAUGUUCACUUCUUUUCCAUCAACGUUUCUCACUAA